UAUUUAUAUGCACGUGUCUAGGGAUAACCUCUAAUGUGUCACUACAAAUUUUGUACAAUUUAUAUUCUCAAAAACGUAAAAGUAGUGUAAGUGAUAUUGUAUCACUAAUUAAAGGAAAAUGGUUGAUAGUAAGACCAAAAAACGAAAAGUGUCUAAAAAGAAGAAGAUAUCAUGGCGUAAACAUGUGGAUAUCAGUGAUGUUGACAAAUUCUUGGAGGAUUCUCGAUUAGAAGAGAGAUUAGGCGGUUCUUUUUCUACUCGUGAAAAUUCCGAUUUAUUCGAAAUUUCUACAAAACCUGAGAUUCUUUCGAAAAAAUCACGACGUGAAUUAUUACGGUCGAAAGAACCACGAUGUUUCAAUAUUUUGAAACCUCAUACGUUAGUUCCGGAUCCAAUAGUAAAAAGAAAUCGUGUGAGAACGAAAAAUGAAAGAAAAAAUGCUCUCCUUUUACGGAAAGAAGCUAUUCAAAAAUCCCAAGGAAUUUUAAAGUUGAAAGACAGAGUACGUUUGAGAAAUAGGAGAAUCGCAGAAAUACGAAAAUUAAACAAACCGAAAAGAGGUGAGUUUAACAAAGAUGUGUGGAAAGAAAAAUUUGGAAGUGAAAUUGACACCAAUUGGUUGUCUUCGAGUACCGUAAAACAUAUACUGUCUCAUUUUGGGAUGAAGAAGAAGAAAUUGCCUACUUCGUUGCAUAAGAAACAUUCUGCGAUACCAAUAAUUGAGACACCACAUCCAGGAACAUCGUACAAUCCUUCGUUCGACGAUCAUCAAAACUUACUGCAAACAAUUGCAGAGGAAGAAAUGAAAUUAAUGAAAGAAGAAAAACAUUUGGAAAGAGUUACCACAAAGAUGUUUAAAAAGGUUUCGCCUGAAGAAAAACAUAAGAACUUAAUGAAAGAAUUAUCAGAAGGUCUCAAGCCUGAAGAAACUGAAGAUUCUAUCCAAAAUGAUGAUUUAGAAGUGACAUCUGUAAAUCCACCAGUCCAAAACCUGAAAAAGACGCAUGUACAGAGGCGUAAACAAAAGGAACAAAAGAAGUUAGCUCUAAAGAUGCUCAGAAAGAAAGUGGAAAAGAAAAAAAUCUCUGAUAUUUAUAAAUUAAAAUUAUUAGACAAACAAUUGACUGCUGAAGAAAGAAAAGCAAAGAUUGCUAAAGUGAAGAGGUUGCAAAAAAAAGCACUGAAAGCAAUGGGUACUAAAACCCUUAGUAAAGUCAAAUUUGAGCCAUUAGAACCUGUCUUCAAAUUAACAGAAGAAUUAACUGGAAAUUUACGAAAUUCUAAUCCAGUUGGCAAUUUAUUGAAAGACAGAUUCAAGUCUCUUCAACAGAGGAAUAUUGUUGCUCCUUCUGCUAUUAAAUUAACACGAGACAAAGCGAAAGUGAAACGAUUUAUAAAACCAGAUCACAAAAUUGAUGCAGCCAAUUUGAAAUCAACAAAUACAAAAGAGUAACUUUCAUCAAGUGUUGUACAUGGAAUAAAUAAAUAGCAAUCCUAUCCACAUAUAAUUUAUGAAAAU